UAAACGGACGCACGGCAGCAUCCCGAUAAAAAAUGUUGACUUUGUCCUUAUUUGAGUAUAGGUAGGGACCGAUGUUCUCUGGCGAAUUAGCGAUUCCAGACCUAGCGAGUGGGCGGACAGAGGGUCCCGGUGUUGGCGUAUUGAUCUGGGUGAUGUGCAUCUAGGUGCGCUCCGGUCCAUCGUAGGCGGGAGCAGCAGUGGUCAAGUCUGCCCCGCUUUGGAUGGGGGCUCCCACUUCAGAGGCAGCGCUCUGAGCCCGCGGUGCGCACUCCCAUCCCGAAAUACAUGCCCGCAUCCCAGCGGCGUGGAGCUGUUAGCUGCUGCCGCCGCGUACGAGGGGGACGUCGAUCUGAGCGCUGAUUCGCUGACAAACCCCAGGUGUCUGCACUGGACUGGUAAAUCUGAGGGAAGAUGUCUCAUCGAAGUGGUCAAGAGGACCCGGAGCGGUACCUGUUUGUUGACCGGGCCGUCGUGUACAACCCGGCCACGCAGGCCGAUUGGACGGCCAAGAAGCUGGUGUGGGUGCCCUCAGAGCGCCACGGCUUUGAGGCGGCCGGUAUCCGGGAAGAGCGCGGCGAGGAGGUGCUUGUGGAGCUGGCGGAGAAUGGGAAGAAGGUGGUGAUCAACAAGGACGACAUCCAGAAGAUGAACCCGCCCAAGUUCAGCAAGGUGGAGGACAUGGCCGAGCUCACCUGCCUGAAUGAGGCGUCUGUGCUGUACAACCUGAAGGACCGCUACUACUCUGGACUCAUCUAUACAUACUCUGGCCUUUUCUGUGUGGUCAUCAACCCCUACAAGAACCUGCCCAUCUAUUCAGAGAACAUCAUAGAGAUGUACAGAGGAAAGAAGAGACAUGAAAUGCCUCCACACAUUUAUGCCAUCUCUGAGUCAGCAUACCGCUGCAUGCUCCAAGAUCGAGAGGACCAAUCAAUCCUUUGCACAGGUGAAUCAGGAGCAGGGAAGACCGAGAACACAAAGAAGGUCAUCCAGUACCUGGCCCAUGUUGCCUCCUCACACAAAGGACGCAAAGACCACAACAUUCCACCCGAUUCUCCCAAAGCAUUCAAGCUACAGGGGGAGUUGGAACGUCAGCUCCUGCAAGCCAAUCCAAUCCUUGAGUCCUUUGGCAACGCCAAGACAGUGAAAAAUGACAACUCAUCUCGCUUUGGGAAGUUCAUCAGGAUCAACUUUGACGUUACAGGCUACAUUGUUGGAGCCAAUAUUGAAACCUAUCUCCUAGAAAAGUCAAGAGCCAUCAGACAGGCGAAAGAGGAGAGGACUUUCCACAUUUUCUACCGCCUGUUGGCAGGAGCUGGAGAGCAUCUUCGCACGGAUCUGCUUCUUGAGGGAUUUAACAGCUACAGGUUCUUGUCUAAUGGUAACAUUCCCAUCCCUGGCCAGCAAGACAAGGACAAUUUCCAGGAGACGUUGGAUGCUAUGCACAUAAUGGGUUUCUCCCACGAUGAGAUUGUCUGCAUGUUAAAGGUGGUCUCUGCCGUGCUGCAGUUUGGCAACGUUGUGUUCAAAAAGGAGAGGAAUACCGAUCAAGCCUCAAUGCCUGAGAACACAGCGGCGCAGAAGCUUUGCCACCUGCUUGGCAUGAAUGUCAUGGAGUUCACCCGAGCCAUUCUCACUCCGCGGAUCAAAGUGGGACGAGACUAUGUGCAGAAAGCUCAGACCAAAGAACAGGCUGACUUUGCUGUUGAAGCCCUGGCCAAGGCGACGUAUGAGCGGCUGUUCCGCUGGCUGGUCCACCGCAUCAACAAGGCCCUGGACAGGACCAAACGACAGGGGGCCUCCUUCAUUGGCAUCCUGGAUAUUGCAGGCUUUGAGAUCUUUGAGCUGAACUCCUUUGAGCAGCUCUGCAUCAACUACACCAAUGAGAAGCUGCAGCAGCUCUUCAACCACACCAUGUUCAUCCUGGAGCAGGAGGAGUACCAGAGGGAGGGCAUCGAGUGGAGCUUCAUCGACUUUGGCCUGGACCUGCAGCCGUGCAUUGACCUCAUAGAGAGGCCGAACAAUCCUCCAGGAAUCCUGGCUUUGCUUGAUGAGGAGUGCUGGUUUCCCAAAGCCACAGACAAGACGUUUGUUGACAAAGUGCUGCAGGAGUUAGGCACCCACUCCAAGUUUCAGAAACCACGGCAAUUAAAAGACAAGGCAGACUUCUGCAUCAUCCACUACGCAGGCAGGGUGGACUAUAAAGCUGACGAAUGGCUAAUGAAGAACAUGGAUCCUCUGAAUGAUAACGUGGCCACGCUGCUUCACCAGUCAACUGAUAAAUUUGUGGCCGAGCUCUGGAAAGACGUUGACCGGAUCGUGGGUCUGGACCAGGUGGCAGGCAUGAACGAGACAGCAUUUGGCGCUUCCUACAAGACCAAGAAAGGCAUGUUUCGCACCGUAGGACAGCUGUACAAAGAGCAGCUGUCCAAACUAAUGGCCACGCUCAGGAACACGAAUCCCAACUUUGUGCGCUGCAUCAUACCCAACCAUGAAAAACGGGCUGGUAAAUUAGACCCCCACCUGGUUCUGGACCAGUUAAGAUGCAACGGUGUGCUGGAGGGGAUCCGUAUCUGCAGACAGGGAUUCCCCAAUCGCAUCGUUUUCCAGGAGUUCAGACAGAGGUAUGAGAUCCUCACGCCCAACGCCAUUCCCAAGGGUUUCAUGGAUGGCAAGCAGGCCUGCGAGCGAAUGAUACAAGCACUAGAGCUUGAUGGGAACCUCUUCCGUAUCGGCCAGAGCAAGAUAUUUUUCAGAGCUGGAGUCCUGGCCCACUUAGAGGAAGAGAGAGACCUGAAGAUCACUGACAUCAUUAUUUACUUCCAGGCCGUCUGCAGAGGAUAUCUGGCACGCAAAGCGUUCGCUAAGAAGCAGCAGCAGCUCAGCGCCCUGAAGGUCCUCCAGAGAAACUGUGCCGCUUACUUGAAGCUGCGUCACUGGCAGUGGUGGAGACUGUUCACAAAGGUGAAGCCACUGCUGCAGGUGACCAGGCAAGAGGAGGAGAUGCAGGCCAAAGACGAAGAGCUGGUGAAAGUGAAGGAGAAGCAGAUGAAAGUGGAGGGAGAGCUGGUGGAGAUGGAGAGGAAACAUCAGCAGCUACUGGAGGAGAAGAACAUCCUUGCGGAGCAGCUGCAGGCAGAAACGGAGCUGUUUGCAGAGGCAGAGGAGAUGAGAGCUCGGCUGGCAUCCAAAAAGCAAGAGCUGGAGGAGAUCCUGCAUGACCUGGAGUCCAGGCUGGAGGAAGAAGAGGAGAGGGGUCAGGGACUGCAGAACGAGAAGAAGAAGAUGCAGUCCCACAUCCAGGACCUGGAAGAACAGCUGGAUGAGGAGGAGGGUGCAAGGCAGAAACUGCAGCUGGAGAAGGUCACAGCUGAAGCUAAGAUGAAGAAGUAUGAAGAGGAUAUCUUACUGCUGGAGGACCAGAACUCCAAGUUCCUGAAGGAGAAGAAGCUGCUUGAAGACAGAAUCAACGAAAUGACACUGAUGUUAGCUGAAGAGGAGGAGAAAGCCAAAAAUUUGGGAAAGAUGAGGAACAAGCAAGAGAUGAUGAUGGUGGACCUGGAGGAGAGACUGAAGAAAGAGGAGAAAACCCGUCAGGAGCUGGAGAAGGCCAAGAGGAAGCUGGAUGGAGAGACGUCCGACUUCCAGGACCAAAUAGGCGAGCUCCAGUCCCAGAUCGACGAGCUUAAAGUUCAGCUGAGCAAGAAGGAGGAGGAACAGCAGAUGAUGCAAACCAGAGGGGAAGAAGAGAUCAACCAGAAGAACAACGCUCUGAAGCAGAUCAGGGAGCUGCAGGCUCAGCUGUCUGAGCUGCAGGAGGACCUCGAGUCAGAGAAGCAGGCUAGAAACAAGGCUGAGAAACUCAAGAGGGAUCUGAGCGAGGAGCUGGAGGCCCUGAAGACGGAACUGGAAGACACCCUGGACACGACUGCAGCACAGCAGGAGCUCAGGACCAAGCGUGAGCAGGAGGUGGCAGAGCUGAAGAAAGCAAUUGAGGAGGAAACUAAAAACCACGAAGCUCAGAUUCAGGAGAUGAGACAAAGACACGCGACCGCCUUGGAGGAUCUGUCUGAGCAGCUUGAGCAGGCCAAGAGGUUCAAGGCUAACCUGGAGAAGACCAAGCAGAGCCAAGAGAGCGCCAACAAGGAGCUGACCAAUGAGGUGAAAACCUUACAGCAGGCGAAGACAGAGUCCGAACACAAGAGGAAGAAGCUGGAGGGUCAGCUGCAGGAGGUCAUGGCCCGGCUCACAGAGGGGGAGCGGGCCAAAGGGGAGCUGGCUGAACGCACGCACAGGCUGCAGACUGAACUAGACAAUGUGUCCGCCUUGCUGGAAGAUGCAGAGAGGAAGGGCAUCAAGAUGGCCAAAGAUGUUGCUGGAUUAGAGAGUCAGCUGCAAGACACUCAGGAGCUUCUCCAGGAGGAGACCCGCCAGAAACUGAACCUGAGCGGUCGUGUUCGCCAGCUGGAGGAGGAGAAGGCCGCUCUGCAGGAGCAACAGGAGGAGGACGAGGAGGCACGCAAGAAUCUGGAGAAACAGCUGUUGACUGUACAGGCUCAGCUGUCAGAGAGCAAAAAGAAGCUCGAGGACGAUGUUGGAACCAUCGAGAGCCUGGAGGAGGCAAAGAAGAAACUGCAAAAGGAUCUGGAGCUGUCCAACCAGCGUCUGGAAGAGAAGACGAUCGCUUUCGAGAAGAUGGAGAAGACAAAGACUCGUCUUCAGCAGGAACUGGACGACAUCACGGUGGACUUGGAUCAUCAGAGACAGAUCGUCUCCAACCUAGAGAAGAAACAGAAGAAGUUUGACCAGAUGCUGGCUGAGGAGAAGAGCAUCUCCGCUCGUUAUGCUGAGGAGCGAGACCGUGCAGAAGCUGAGGCCAGAGAGAAGGACACCAAGGCUCUGUCCAUGACCAGAGCUCUGGACGAGGCCCUGGAGGCCAAAGAGGAGCUGGAGAGGGUUAACAAGCAGCUCCGAGCUGAAAUGGAAGACCUGAUGAGCUCAAAGGACGACGUUGGCAAGAAUGUGCACGAGCUGGAGAAGUCCAAGCGCACUCUGGAGCAGCAGGUGGAGGAGAUGAAGACCCAGCUGGAGGAGCUGGAGGACGAGCUGCAGGCCACAGAGGACGCCAAGCUGCGUCUGGAGGUCAACAUGCAGGCCAUGAAGGCGCAGUACGAGAGAGACCUCCAGGGCCGGGACGAUCAGAAUGAUGAGAAGAAAAGAGCCCUGGUCAAGCAGGUGCGAGAAAUGGAAGCAGAGCUGGAGGAUGAAAGAAAGCAGAGAGCUUUGGCUGUAGCUGCUAAAAAGAAGCUGGAGUUGGACUUAAAGGAUAUAGAGGGCCACAUAGAAGGAGCCAACAAGGCUCGGGACGAAGCCAUCAAGCAACUACGCAAGAUACAGGCUCAAAUGAAAGACUAUCAGAGGGAGCUGGAGGACACGCGAGCCUCCAGAGACGAUAUUUUUGCCUUGUCCAAGGAGACGGAGAAGAAGCUCAAAAGCCUGGAGGCGGAAAUAGUUCAGCUGCAUGAGGACCUGGCAGCCUCUGAAAGGGGGCGGCGUCACGCUGAGCAAGAACGAGACGAGCUGCAGGACGAGAUCUCGAACAGCACUUCUGGGAAGGCUGCCCUGAUGGAUGAGAAGAGGAGGCUGGAGGCUCGAAUCGCCCAGCUGGAGGAGGAGCUGGAGGAGGAACAGGGGAACAUGGAGCUGCUCAAUGACCGCUUCAGGAAAACCAACAUGCAGGUGGACACCUUGACUACAGAGCUGAGUGUGGAGCGCAGCGCGGCACAAAAGAGCGAAAAUGCCCGGCAGCAGUUGGAGCGCCAAAACAAGGACCUGCGUGCCAAACUGAGCGAGCUGGAGGGGUCGGUGAAAAGCAGGUUCAAGGCCUUCAUCGCCGCUCUGGAGGCCAAGAUAGCACAGCUGGAGGAACAGCUGGAGCAAGAAGCCAGGGAGCGGGCGGCAGCCAACAAGAUAGUGAGAAGAACAGAGAAGAAGCUGAAAGAGGUCUGCAUGCAGGUGGAGGAUGAACGUCGCCACGGCGAUCAGUUUAAAGAGCAACUGGAGAAGGCUAACUCCCGCAUGAAGCAGCUGAAGCGGCAGCUGGAGGAGGCGGAGGAGGAGGCCACCAGGGCCAACGCCUCCCGCAGAAAGCUGCAGAGGGAGCUCGAUGACGCCACCGAGGCCAGCGAGGGUCUGAGCCGGGAGGUUCACACGCUCAAGAACCGUCUCAGACGUGGCGGCCCCAUAACCUUCUCCACCAGUCGCUCAGGCCGACGCGCCCUGCAGGUAGAGGGAACCUCCUUGGACCUCCUGUCAGACGACGAGCUGGAAAACAAGAUCACUGACAACAACGCCAAUGAGACCCCAGCUCCCCCGCAGGAGUAGAGGAACCUGUCGUCUCUCCUUUAUGCAUAUCUCUAAGCCGCAACAAUCAUUCAGACUUUACCUAUGGGGAGCUUCUUAUUCCUUCACUUCUGAGUUUCAGUGAAUUUUCCAACUCCUCUGUUGAUAUUUCCCAAAUUAUACACCAUGUAAUUUCAAUCAGAACCCCUUUUAUUUCUCACAUUAUCACAUAUCUCUUAUCCUUAGUAGACACCAGCAGUUGUACCCCCAACGCCCUCAUUAUCGCUCUUCUAAAGUUUAUUUUACCCUGCCGUGUUAGGUGCAGAGCUAUAAGCAAAAUGUUAGAAAUACGAAACCCUGCUUGUAUACAGAGGGUGCACAAGUUAGUGGGUGAUAAAUAUUGUCAGCCGGACCAGUGAUCAGCUGUUCAACACGCUCUCAAACGACACGCCAACAGCGCUGCAAAACGAGAAAAUGAUUAGAAGGGAGCAGGUUGUGAUACAGCGCCUUGCAAAAGUAUUUGGGAAAACAUUAAACUUCGCCCCCUUUUUUCACAUUACAGCUACAAACAUCAGUGUUUGUUUGCUGGGAUUUUAUGUGAUAGCAACACAAAGUAGCACGGAAGUGUGAAGUUGAAGGGAACUGACACAUAAUUUUUACUGGAUCAAUGCUUCGUAGAGGCUUUGGCUGCAAUUACAGCUUCAGAUCUUUUGGGGGCAUGUCUCUUCCAGCUUUGCAUGUGGACAGAAUAAGGAUUUUUGCCCAUUCCUCUUUACAAAACUGUUCUGAACUGGAUUUAUUUUACCGGGACAGUUUAACACACAGUUAUUCUUUGAUGUAAACCACUCAGUUGAUGUUCUGGCUGCAUGUAUAUAGGAGCAUCUCCCCAUCAACUCUGACCAGCCCACCUGUCUCUGCUGAAGAAAACAACCUUCACAGCAUGAUGUUGCCAUCACCUUGUUUCAGACAAACCUCCUGACAACCAACUUCCAGAAUGAUGUGCAGCGUUGCACUGGAUUGUAUUCCGGGGCGUCAGAGUAAAAGAGGCUGGAUAAAAACGUACUCUGCACUUCUCAGAUUUUCAUUUGUAAAAAGUUGUGAAAACCAAGAUUCAUUUUGAUUCCGGUUUCAAUUAUGCGCAAAUAUAUAUGUUGAUCUAUCACAUAAAAUCCCAAUAAAACAAACUCAGCCUUGUUCUGUUAAGGUAACAAAAUGUGAAAAUGUUCAAAGGCUGUUAAUUAAUACCUUUGUCAGGCAUUGUAUAAACAAACAUCAUCAUGAGUUUAUUUAGUCAUUGACUCACUUUAUCCAGUUGGAGCAUCUUGUGAAUUUGUGUUUUUCUGUCAGUUGAGCUGUAAUUGAAUAGUAUUGUAUCGGUUCUCAGCUAGGAUUGCUUGCUUUCACAUGAGUAUGGACUGUGACUCUAUGCUGCCUUGUUGCCUCAGUGCUACACAUUUUUUGCUCUUUUCUCUAAAGCUCGACAGUAGGUCAGUGUUGACUCGAACCUGUUCAGUGUGAGUGCUAAAAACGGCAAUCAUGCCCAUGUUAUUGCGCUUAUUUUUCCUUCUUCUUCUGUGCCUUUUUCAUAUUCCCGAAGCAGCACAUCCAUUUGUACCACAUAUAUAUUUCAUAUAUGGAACCAUGUAUAAUGUCAUGAAGGUAUUUUCUUAAAAAUAUCAUAAAUUUGCAUAUUUAAUGAAACAUUAGUUGCAACCCAGUGAAUGUCUUCCUUCAGCAGUGUAUGUUGCCUUUAUAAAUGAUACGUCAGCAGUGUAGAGAUCUUU